AUGAAGCUCAGUGGUCUCGCUCUCGUAGCCCUCGCGGCAACUUCUGAAGCUUCGCCGCUUAAUGCCAAGCAACUUAUCAACAGCAAGCGCGAGGAUAACAUCUGGGAAGACAAAGAUAGGCUGUGUAAGCGCAGCACGAGAACGCCUGAGGAUGCAGCCGCCACUUGGGAAGAGACUGGCGCAGGUGUUGAUCUUGAGCUUUUCAUCAAGACGCAAUGGGAACAUCAAAAUUCUUGGCUCAAGAACUUGGAGAGCGGUAUCCAAGGCGGAAGCAUCUCUGGAAAAUCACCGGCCGCUGGCUGCGGUGCUCUCUCGGGUACUUGCGCUCCGCUCAACGACAUGUCGUGCGAUGAGCAAUUUGACAAGUAUGGCCCUACGUCACUCGGAAGGACCUCAUACUGGAUUUUCAAGGCUGCUGAGGGCGCUCGCAACAAGCUCCUUGGUAUCAAGGACCAAUUGACUGAGCAGACAAUCAUCAGUAACGGACAGAUCGAUCAGAUGGCUAUUGACUUUGGUGGUAACAGUGAUGGUGGGGUGCAUUCUCUUACCUGGCUUGCGGCCUCUUCUUCGAUGGCUGGAGCUUUGGGAGGGCUUGUCCCUGGAGCUGGUCCUGCUCUUGGUGCUGGCUUUGGAUUUCUCAGUGGUCUCUUCACCGGCCUCGCAGCCGAAGCGCAAGGUGACGAGGUCGAUACACCUGAUAUCAAAGCCGGUCUCUCGAAGGCCUACGAAAAGGCUCAGGGCAAGAUUGAUUUGAUCCUCUCCCUUGCUAUGGGUGGUGGCUCCAAGCCUGAAGAUUACGACAUUUUACCCGCACCUAUGUGGGAUACCUACGAGACCAAGAUCGCCAAGUUCUUCAACGGCGGAUGGUGGCUUGUCGACGACGAUGCCGUGUCUGUUAAUCUUGUUCUUCGAUCCGUUGGCAACAAUCUUCAUAAGAAGGUUGCGAACUCUAUUAUGAAGUCAGCUGGUCUUAAGCUUGUUGCCGAGAAGAAUGAUAACAUCAAGACGGCUGAAGAUUGUGGUUUCGCACCGGGUCGUCAGUGGAUGGAGCUCAAGGACGGACGAUUUUACUGCUUUUACCUUAUGCGAGGUAGCAACAAUCUUGAGGAAGUUGAUGAAGGCAUUUACUCCAAGAUGGCUGAGCAUGGACUUGGCGACCGCGAGAAGUACUAUCGUUCCAUGAUAGACUGUGCUCUCAACGGUGGAGGAGAGGUCGAUGCAAGCAAGUUGGUCUUCAACGAGAUUCCGCAUUGCUAUUUUGAUCUUCCUGUUAAGUUUGUUGAGAGGAACCAUAACUCUUGCGGUUUGUUGGAUUGUCGCGCCAACAAGGAGAGUGACAUUGAGUAG